UACAAAAUCAAAGAAGAAAAGCUCAAUUUCUCCCGAUUCCCGAUAAUACCCUUCUAACAUUCACGGAAUUUCAGUCCUUCAUUGAAUACCCCUUCGGCCUCCCUAAGUAAUUAUUUAGUAUUUUGUUCAUUUUCUUGCUGUGUUUCCAGAUAGAGAAAAGAGUAAGGGGAAUUAGGGUUUCCGAUCACAGUGUCGAUAUAACUGAUUGGUUUUAGAGCUUUCAAAGUGAGGAACUAGAGUUUUCCAACGGGUUGAUUGCCAGGGUUUUGUUAAAAGACCAUUUCUUAUUGUUUUUAUCAGGUGCCAAUUAUGGUUGUUGGGAAUGGGUGAUUUACUUGGGGUUUGAUGUGAAGAAAAGUUGCAUUGGAUGGGUUUCUAGGGUUUGUGAGUUUUUAGAGUGCGUUCAAUGGGGAGCACUGGUGAGGCUGACCGAAAACGGCGUCACUUUAGCUCCAUAUCGCCCACUGCUGUUGCCUCAAAGACUCAACCAUUCCCCCCAAUUUCUGAGGAGAAAAAGCUUGAUACUGCAGUUUUACAAUUUCAGAAUCAAAAGAUUGAACAAAAGUUAGAGGCUCAGAAGGUCGAGUAUUCUACUCUCGAGACGAAGUUCAUUCAGUUGAAGGAGAAACAAAAGCCAUACGAUUCUAUAUUGAAAGUAGUGAAUAAGUCUUGGGAAGCACUGACUACUGAUUUGGAUUCAAGUUCCACCCACACAAGAAAGUCUAGCGGACAGGAUGUUGGAUGUACACCAAAUGCAAAAGAUGGACCUCCAUUUCUUACUGAGGAUGAUUUUCUUAGUCGAUUUAUGGAGACAGGUGCAACUGAAAGCUCCUCUUCCAAUAAUUGCCCUGAGCAUAUCAAAGAAGAUAGAGAAAAUAAGGCUUCUGAAAAGACUAGGAACAUUUUACACAAUAUAAUAGUUGCCAUUGAUGACCUAUGGUGCCUGAAGGAUGGGUUAUAUGCUGCUGUUCAGAAAGAGCUUCAGAAUGAUGGCUCAUGCAGGCAUCUGAUAGAACUGGAAUCAGAAGUUAAAAAAUUGAGAAUCGCAAUAUCUGAUAUUCAUUUGAAACACAGAUCUUUGGCUAGAGAACUGCAACACCAUAGAGAUAUUGAUGCAAAAAGUAAAGUUGCGCUUAAACGUCUGAAAGGUGAAUUCGAGAGGGCAGUUGCAGAACUGCAGGAAAGUAACUGCAAAUUGGCAGCUAUUAAAGCAGAAAGAGAUGCAACGAAUGGGGCAUUUUCCCCUGUCUUAAAACUAGGCAGUAAGCCCAUUUCUGGUGAUAAAGUCAAAGAAAAGCAUAGAGAUCUGCAUGAAAUGGAGUCUGCCCUUAAAGAGCUGACGGAGCAAGCAUCUUCUCGACUGACAGGGCUAAAAAGUCUUCAUGAAGAAAGAAUAAAAAUAUUACAGCAGUUAUCGAAUUUGCAGAACACAUUGAAGAGCGUGAAGCGUAUUUCUUCUUCCCAAGCGUUCCUUUUGGUGAGAGAUCAACUAGAAAAGUCAAAGUCAGAAGUCUUCCAUUAUAAAGAUUUAUUUGAGAAACUACAGGUUGAGAAAGAUAACCUGGCUUGGAGAGAAAAGGAGUUGAAUAUAAAGAAUGACAUAGCUGAUGUUUUUCAGAGAUCUUUGGCAGUUUCUAAUUCUCGAGCUUCUUAUCUCGGGGCAGAGAUACAGCGACAAAUUGAUGAAAGAAAGAGGAUUGAAGCUAAGCUGGAAGAGGCAUCUAGAGAACCCGGAAGAAAGGAAAUAAUUGUGGACUUUAAAAACUUGCUUUCUUCAUUUCCCGAGGCAAUGAGUUCGAUGCAGAGCCAAUUAGGCAAGUACAAAGAGGCCGCUGUGGAUAUUCAUUCUCUCCGGGCUGACGUGCAAUCUCUUUCCAACAUUCUUGAUAGGAAGGCUAAAGAAUGUGAGAAUUUAUCUGUCAGAUCUGCUGAACAAGUUGCUGAGAUGCGUAAGUUGCAAGCCAUGGUCCAGGAUUUGAAGGACAGUGAUAUGGAGAUGAAAUUGAUGUUGGAGAUGUACAGACGUGAGUUUACUGAUGCAAGAGAUAUUUUGGAAGUGAAGGAUUCAGAAUACAAGGCAUGGGCUCAUGUUCAAAGUUUGAAAUCCUGCCUUGAUGAGCAUAAUUUGGAAUUGCGUGUUAAGACAGCUAACGAAGCUGAAGCAAUGUCCCAGCAAAGGUUAGCUGCUGCAGAAGCUGAAAUUGCUGAAUUGCGACACAAGCUGGAGGCAUCUAACAGGGAAAAGGCUAACCUUUCUGGUGCUUUGAAAUCGAAAAAUGAAGAAAAUGAGGCUUACUUGGCUGAAAUAGAGUCAAUUGGGCAGGCAUAUGAUGACAUGCAAACACAAAACCAGCAGCUAUUGCAGCAAAUUACAGAAAGAGAUGACUAUAACAUGAAGCUUGUUUUGGAAGGUUUGAGGGCAAAACAGCUUCAAGACUCUCUACUAUUGGAGAAACAUACCAUGGAGAAGGAGAUUCAGCAAGCCAGUGCAUCCAUUGAUUUUUAUAAUAUGAAAGCUGCGACAAUCGAGGAUCAACUGAGGUUCUGCUCAGACCAGGUUCAGAAAUUUGGAGAAGAAAGAUUUCAAAAUUCAGUUUUGUUGGAAACUACGCAAAAGCGAUUGUCAGAUACAAGAAGAUCAUCUCAUCAAGCAAGGGAGUCACUGGAGGACUCACAAUUGAAGAUUGAGAAAAGUAGAGUGGCAUUAGUGGAAGUGCAGAUUGAAAUAGAGAGCGAAAGGUUUAACAAGAAAAGAAUCGAGGAAGAAUUGGAAAUGGUGAGAAGAAAGGUAGUACAUCUUCGAGCAAAAACAGAAGGCAACUCGGUGGUUGAAAAGCUUCAACAAGAACUUAGAGAAUAUAGAGAAAUACUGAAGUGUAGUAUCUGUCUUGACAGACCGAAAGAGGUUGUUAUUACAAAAUGCUAUCAUCUCUUCUGCAACCCUUGUGUACAGAAAAUCACCGAAAGCCGUCACCGCAAGUGUCCUGUGUGUGUUGCAAGCUUCAGUGUCAAUGAUGUUAAACCUGUUUAUAUCUGACAUUGGAGCUCUCAUCACGACUGCUAGUCCAUGGGCUGCAUCUUCCAUGGGCUUCGGCCUGCAUCUUCCAUGGGCUUUGGCCUGCAUCUUCCAUGGGCUUGCACCGCCAGAGACCUGAACAUGCACAGGUUCCAUGUAUUGUUAUAUUAGAGAGUUGUUAGAGAAGAAUCCAGACAGGAACUCGAGGUUUCCUAUCCCUAUCCAUAUUUAGUCAAUGCAAAUCCUCAGCACUUACCUGUUUGGUUCCAAGUUGAUUAGACAUAAAUUAUGCAGUAUUUCAUGAUGUUUGCAGAUUAUUCAGAAUUGAUCAAAUUCUGUACUCUGCUGAAAUCUUUUUGGAGCAUGACUCGAGUUUUUGGCCUGCACAUAUUUUAAAAGAGCUUGUUGUUAGUAUUAUUUGUU